CAGUUUGGAAGCCAAUAUAGUAAAUAGUGUUUAUUAGUGCUAUUGUUCCUUAGUGUCCAAACAAAGCAUGAUAGCAAGCCUCACAGCUUGAUUAGCUGACAUGUUUAACCUCCUUUAUUUUAUUUUAUUUAUUUUUUGUUAGGAUUUCACUCCGAAAACUUUAUGCUUACCUGGCAAUUAUAGUCAAACAUAUUUACGUUCAAAACACAAAUAUGUACACAAAUAUUUUGUUUGGAAACGUUAAAUAUUUUGGAAAUGAAAUAUUUUUGUAAAUUUCUGAUAAUAUUGUUAACAAUAAAUUCUUUGACAAAAUUCAUAAACGGACAUAAUGAAGAGGACGGUUCCGAUGAUGGUAAAAAUUAUUAUGAAGAUGCUGGCGAAGGCGAGGACUAUGAGGAUUAUGAUGGCGAGUAUGAUUAUGGCGAUGUAGAGUAUUAUGAUGAUAGUAAGGAGAAUAAAAUGGAAUUACCGGAGGACUGUAUAUCACUGAAAUAUCUAAAAUUAAAACGAAUUUGUGACAUUGGGUAUCCGGAAGUUUUGGGUCAAAAUUACGAAGAUAUGCUCGUGGAUGUGAAUGAACCGUACGCUGUUUUCCAAUUUCCAUAUGAGGACACAAAUCGCUACUUUUUCACAUUUCAAAAAAGCGCUAUAUUCGACUGUCAGUAUUUGCAAGUGAUCGAUGUACGAAACUAUAAAUGUUUUAAUGCAUCGGAUGUGGGCGAAGAUAUAGUCUUGACCAAGGGUGUGUUGCAAUGUCUCAAUCAGCCAUCCUCGGCCAUUGAUUUGCUCUUGGCAACUUGUUCAUCUCAACUGAAUGAGAGUGCGGUAUUCACCGCUUUGCAUUAUUCCACUUUGGCAACGUUAGCGCGCAGCAGCACAAGUGGCAAAGAGCGUCUGAGAAUGGAGUGGUGCUUGCAUUUGUGGUUCGUGGCAUUAUUGUACAUUUUAUUAGCAACUAAAAAGUAAUGCAAAUUAAAGCAAAGAGUUGCAAAACCAUGCUAGAUAUACAAGUAUUUUAUUGCGGAGGGACUUUCGAAACUAAUUCCCUGUAAUUUAAACCGUGAAUAUAGCUUAAUUGUAUCCAGUACAUGUUACGGGUACAAUUUAUUGGUUAAUUGUUUAAGCAAAUACUGGCCAAUGAAACACUGAUAAAUUUUUUAAUAUUUGUACAUGCACUUUUGGUCAAUAAAAUUUUGUUAAAAAACAACAAAAACAAUAAAAAGUAAAGUAUCAAAAAUUUUCUAUUAUCUGUGUCUCUAUG